CACGUCCGCCCUCCAGACGUGCUUGCUUGGCACUUUGGCCUGACGCUCGAUUGGGCACAUGCGGAAGGAAAUAAGUAAGUGUGUCUGCCUUCCAUACCCUCAGUGCUAUUAGGCCGCUUUUUCCAACGCAACUAAACGAGCUGGCCUUGUUCAAUGAAAGACCGAAGCGAUUUUGGUUCGGCUAUGCCAGUUGUGAUCGAGGACCUGUCUGAGUGAGCUCAUACCCGCUUGGAAUAUUCAUCCAUCCAACGAGAGUCGUCGGUGCCCACAUCCCUGUCGUGUGUUUUUGACAAAUUUGCGCCAGAUACUUAGCAAUUGCGUCUAAAACUCUGGAGAUUCGUGCGCAUCACUAAAAGAAAACGUAUACCAGGCAACUUAUUUCCACUUGACGUGGUCCGUGCUCAUUGAGGAAAGAGAUCUCAAUUUAAUCCUGUGAAUUUUCCAACAAGAACGUGGGUUGAUUCAUCAUCGUGCUUAAGUAAGAUUAUCAAGGUUUGACUCGUUGACAAUGGCUGAUGACAUGCACACCCUGGCUCCGAGUAAGAUGCCUUCGUCUCAACGGCGACACUCGAUCACCGUGGUACCCACCAGUUGUAGCGGUUCCAGUGGAUCCAUCCCGGGGAAUGAGCUCAAGCUGCCAUUAGCCUCGAACAGACCCAAGAGACGGCAAAGCAUUCAGGAGUCGCUUCACCACAUCACCAAGUCCAUGUCCAGUUCUCUCCAAAAAGCGAUGAAUAUCGGUGGGAGCAAUACAUCCCUCUGCAGCCAUGAUGGUGGCAAGUCCCGACUCACUAAGAACUUCUUCAAAGAGAUUCUCAUUGCUCAUUAUAACCAACCCGAUCUGAAGGUGACCAAGUUCUCACUUCGCCACGUGCCAAAUCCCCACACCAAUCAAGUUCUUCACGAGGUCGAAUUGUGGAUCAAAGAUGCGAAAGGCCGACGGAGGCUGGACUUGAUGGUGAAAUAUCCCAUCCAUGGAUUGGGCCUUUCGGCACAGAGAACCCCGUCCGAAGCCACACUUGAUGCGAGUCAUUUGAUGGAGAAACCAGCCAAUGGUUGGGUUUUAGAUGGAACCAAUAACGAAAUGGAACAUGAAUUACGGAUCUAUGCCCAGCCCGUUCAAGACAUGUGGUCGUACUUAUACCAUACCAAAGGAAUCGCCUCGCCAGAUCAGUUUCUUUGUCUGCCCAGAAGAUACAAGAACGUGGAAUGUGAAAGCAUUAACGACCUGGCCGAGUCGGACGAUCACCUCCUGAGUUCGAGCGAUAUCUUGGUUUUACAAGAUCUCUUCGCUGCCGGAUAUCACUCGGCCAGUCAAGAGCGAAUGGACGAAUGCGGCCUCGACUUCAAUCACAGCAUCAUGACAAUCUCGAGACUGGCCCGCUUCCAUGCGGUUAGUUACGCUAUGCAAGGCGAUCUGGGACGGCGAAUGAAUGACCACUAUCCAUUUCUGACUGAAGACCCCGUGUAUCGGGAUGACACGAAAGAGAUCUUCACCAAAACUCAGACCAGCAUUGCCACUCGACUCUACAGUAUCUUCCAGCACAGCUCUCCAGACUUGAAGGGCUUCUCCCAUUUCUUCAUGGACGCGGUGCGAAAUCUUCACAGUAUCCAACGCGACAUGGUGAACCCCAACCAAGAAGACUCGCCGUUCCACGUUUUGUGCCAUGGGGAUCUCUGGCGUCAGAAUGUGCUCUUCUACUAUGGCACCAGCCUGGAGUGCCAAACGGACUGCGUCGAUGUUCGAUUUGAGGAUCUUCAUCGCGCUCGAUACGCCUCAUUGGUCACGGACAUCCUCUACUUCCUCUUCACCACCGUGGACUUUGAGAUCCGACGCGAUCACACCAUGGACUUUCUGGCAGUUUAUUACGACCAUUUUGUUAAGAGCGUGGCCAAAUUGUCGCCUUCACUUUCCAUUUUCACCCGUGAAGAGCUGUUCGUGGAGUUCAAGUCCAAAAUGAUGUACGGCUUUCUCGAGGGGAUAUGUCUAUUCUCCACCGUGUACGAGUCGCAAAUUCGGAAGCUGGAGGAUGAAGAGCGAGAACACCCCAACUUGGACGAGGGCAGCAUCAGUGGCCUUCGACCGCGAUACUCGGAUUACAAGGAUGCCGUGGUGUCCAUGGUCGGCGACGUCAUUCGAGUUCGCUUCCAGGGUGAAGCACCGCCCAAGAGUGCCCUCCCUAGCAGCUCGUCUCCCUCUCAUCCAUCUUCGGGACAAGACUUUCGAAAGUCCAGCACCAAUGGAAACGGCCACCAUGACUAAGAACAUCCGAACUUCCAAAGAUGGCAUGGUAAUCGGACUGACUGACGGUCAGAGAGGCAGCCCAAGUGUCAGAAGGACGAUUGAUGAGCCUCCCUAGGCACCCAAUACGUAACAGCCAGCUAGGCAGCGAGCCAACUCAAUUGCCGGCAAAGACAAAGAGUGAUAGUGGAGGAGAGAAAUUAUUUUGUCGUUAGCAGCGAGUUAGCCACGUCCAAGAACGAGCCGGAUUACUUGACAUGAUCGGCACGAUCCGUCUGACAAUAACGCCGCGCACAAAGUCGUUCUAAUGCAAUUCUCUAUCAGGUGUCUUUGGUCUUUUGAAAAAUAUCUCAUGGUUCUUUCUCAUCCACCUCAUUGAAUGGUAUCUCCCGAAUCUCAAAAACAAGCGCAAGCAAAUAAACAGUAUGUCAUAAUGUUGA